CCUCAAUCCUCUUUGACGGGUUUCAUCACUCCCUUCACUUUUUCGAGAUUUUGGAGAAUUCGACAAAUACGGAGCAUCCAGUCUACUCCGUACAGACAGAUCCUUGCGAUCUCUCGCGGAACCGAUGGAGGCCUGUCGAGUGCCUUAAAUUGACUCGCGAUAUUUUGAUAUCUUCUUGUCUCCCUCAAUCUUUUCAUUUUGGAUUUAAAAUAUUUUGUAAUAUACCACUAUUUCUACCGCACGAGAUACUAUGCGAAUGGAACGACAACGAUGUCACGGACAAUUAGCAACACUGGUUCGACUAAAAGCCGCGGAACCACCCCCUGGCGCUGGGAGCAAUUUCGAAGCCACUUCCAAAUGAGGCCUACAGAUGACGAUGAGCCUCAGGAUUGGUGGUUUGCAUCUACUGCAAUUCCAUUAAUAGCUGCAGCAACUGCCCCCCUUGCAAAUAUGAUGUCUAUUGUUGCCCUGGUUAUGCCGUGGAGGGAUACCGUCUACUGGAAUGAUCCGGAUCUUGAUGGAACUUAUGUACAAGUGGGCUUCAGUGACCCCCACUGGUGUGUAGCGCUUAAUGCUACCUCCCUCGCCUGUGGGCUAGCAGGCAAUGUCUUUCUGCUGUGCAAUUUUACGCGCACUGUGCGGUAUAUCAUAGCAUUGCCGAUGUCUAUCCUUCUCUGGCUUCUAUCAACAUUUAUUUUAACGGGGAUAACAGUCUCCAUUCAUAUCUAUGCGCCCCCUGUUCCCCCCAACCAGACGUAUUCCUCUGCCUUCUGGAGUGCAGUCAUAUCGGCGGUUCUCUAUUUCAUUCUCUGUAUUAUCUUAAUGAUUAAUAUGCUAGGUUAUUUCCUAGGCCAUUAUCCACAGAACUUCGCUCUCACUGACGACCAGCGAACAUUGAUUCUCCAAACAAUUGCUUUUAUUGUUUGGAUGGCGAUUGGUGGUGUGAUCUUCUCAAAUGUGAUCGAAAUACCUUAUGCCGAUGCGUUGUACUUUUCCGACGUCACUAUUCUCACGCUUGGGUUUGGUGAUAUCACCAACCAAGGCAAUGUGGGCAAAGGCAUUGUUUUCCCCUAUGCAGUUAUUGGAAUGGUUAUGCUGGGCCUGGUGGUUUCCAGUAUGCAUCGAUUUGUCCAAGAAAUUCAUUACGACAAUGUUAUCAUGAAACACAUCGAACGGAAGCGACAAGCAGCUGUAAAACGCUCAGAGUCCACCACUCAGCUUCAAUUCCAAGACCCAUACUCGAGGCGCUGGCCUGUCGUGAGCACUCUGAACGCCCUAUCACGAGUCGCCGGGAAUCGGUCGAGGCUUAUGGUAAUGAGAGAGGAAAGGGAUAGGUUUAAUACAAUGCGUGCGAUUCAGCACGAGACGAGACGUUUCCGUCGGUGGACGAAUCUUAUUAACAGCAUCAUUGCCUUUGGAAUUGUGUGGACCUGCGGCGCUGUUGUGUUCUGGGCGAUCGAAGAUGAUAUGACCUAUUUCGAUGCCCUGUAUUUUGGCUUUUGCUGUCUUCUGACGAUUGGAUAUGGAGAUAUAACCCCGAAAAGCAAUGCAGGUCGCCCCUUCUUCAUCGUUUGGUCAUUGAUUGCUGUACCGACCAUGACCACCUUGAUUUCGAAAAUGAGUGAUACAAUUGUCUACGGGUACAAACAUGCUACCAGUGUCGUCGCGACAUGGACCUUUCUGCCGCAGUCUGGCCAGUAUAAAGCCUUCAUGUCACGAUUUCCCGGGAUAGGAAAGAAAGUGCCCGAGGAACCGGCAUCCAACCCGGAGUUUGAGAAGGCUCCGAAUGGUGUUCCGCCCCAAGAGACGGAAGAACGAGGGAUGUCCCUUGAAGAUUUAGCCCGGGAACCAGGGCCAUCGGAGCUUGAACUCGCCCAGAAGCUCGCCCUUGCCAUCCAGAGCACGAUAAAGGAUGCGUUAAUGGGGCAGCCCAAGAAAUACAGCUACGAACAAUGGUACGAGUUCAUGCGCAUGAUCCGAUUUACAGAUCCCAGGAAAAAUCAAGAAUACGUUGUCGAGGAAGAUGAGUACGGGGUUUUGAACUGGGACUGGAUCGGCGAAGACAGUCCACUCCUGGCCGAGAAGACAGAGCCUGAAUGGGUUCUAGAUCGGCUUUGCGAAAGCCUGAUCCGGUACGUGGCGGUGCAGGGACGAGUGAUCAGAAAUGAAGCUCUAGAUAAGGCUAGGGAGCCGCGGUCCCAGGAUUCCACUGGGCAAACGAGGGAAAAUCUUGCAAGACCGCAGGACAUUAAGUAGAUGGCUCUUUGUUUGCAUCAGUCAUACUUUGUAUCUGUGAUUUUCGAUGUAUAUUUAUUUGGAUUAGAACAAUUGACAUGGCAAUUCAGCUUUAC